AAGUCACCAUCCUUGACCUAUCGAACCUCGCUUCCGCCAAAACUCUUUUAUUUACUCUUUGGAACUCUGAACAAAAUCCCUAAUUUUUUUUUUUUCAAAUUCUGAUUAUUGCUUCUGGGUUUUCCAAUAAAUUUGGAGCUUUAGCUAUUGAACAGUAGCAAGCUGCAAUUUUGAAGAUGUCGGAGAAGUUCUCGCCGACGCUUAGAAUCGGAGAUCUCAGCGAUUUCAUUGCACCGUCUCAGGGCUGUGUUGUUUCUCUCAAGGGACGCAAAUCAACCCCUAAGACACCUGGUAAACCUGAGGUUUCAACAACUAGCAAUCAGCAAACUGAACCAGUGAAAAUUUCACUUAAGGAUUGUUUGGCAUGCAGUGGGUGCAUUACAUCAGCAGAGACUGUGAUGCUUGAGAAGCAAAGCUUAGAUGAAUUUCUUUCUAAUAUUAAUAAAGGGAGAGCUGUCAUUGUCUCUCUGUCUCCACAGUCAAGAGCCUCCCUUGCUAUUCAUUUUGGCAUCCCUCCGCUGCAGGUUUUUACAAAACUGACAACUUUUUUGAAGUCCUUGGGGGUAAAGGCUGUCUUUGAUACUAGUUGCAGCAGAGAUUUAGCCCUCAUUGAAGCUUGUAAUGAGUUCAUUACUCGAUACAGAGAAAGCCAAGCAUCUGAUGAUGAGAAAAGAAAAUCCUCACUGCCAAUGCUCUCAUCUGCAUGUCCAGGUUGGAUAUGUUAUGCUGAAAAACAACUUGGAUCUUUCAUUCUGCCUUACAUAUCUUCUGUGAAGAGUCCUCAGCAAACAAUUGGAGCUAUCCUUAAGCGCCAUAUAUGCCAAACAAUGGGAUUCAGGCCAGAGGAGGUUUACCAUGUCACUGUGAUGCCUUGUUAUGAUAAGAAGCUUGAGGCUGCUAGGGAGGACUUUGUUUUUCAAGUAGAAUCUCAAGAUGAAAUCAAUACAAAUGGAGGUGCCAGGAUUACAGAGGUAGACUCUGUCUUGACGUCUGGAGAAGUCUUAGAUUUGAUGCAGUUGAAACAAGUUGAUUUAAAAGCUUUAGAAGAGUCACCUCUAGAUAAAAUUUUGACAAAUGUUUCUGAAGGGCGUCUUUAUGGGGUCCCUGGAAGCUCUGGAGGUUAUGCGGCAACAAUUUUUCAAUAUGCUGCUAAAGUCCUCUUUGGAAGAGAAAUUAAGGGCCCAUUGGACUACAGAAUCAUAAGAAAUGCAGAUUUCCGAGAAUUGACUCUGGAAGUGGAAGCUAAAGUUGUGUUGAAAUUCGCACUAUGUUAUGGCUUCCAGAACCUACAAAACAUUGUGAGGAAAGUUAAAAUGGGGAAAUGCGAUUAUCAUUUUGUGGAGGUUAUGGCAUGCCCUUCAGGUUGCUUGAAUGGUGGAGGUCAAAUCAAGCCAAAGCCUGGGCAAUCCCCAAAGGAGUUGAUCAAGUCAUUAGAAGCCAUCUACAUGGAAAAUGUUUUGGAAGCUGAUCCCUUCGAUAACCCCAUAGUAAAACGCUUAUAUGAUGAGUGGCUUGAACAACCUGGUUCAGAUAAAGCUAAAAAACACAUGCACACAGAAUACCACCCCGUGAUGAAAAGCAUUACCGCUCAGUUGCACAAUUGGUAGACUUAACAAUUUCUGCCCAUCCAACAUAGUUUGCUCCCUGAAUUCUCAUCUCUCCUCAUGGACGUGAUCUUCUAAGUCAUUGUAGCAGCCUUGAGCGCAAUAUGACACUGCUGGAUUUUGCUUCGUCAUCUUGGGAGCUCAAUUUUGGUAGAGUAAAGAAAGAAAUUGUUCUUUUUAACCUCUCUCGUGUAUAUAUUCUAUGUAAUAGAAGGUAGAUAGAAGAAAGAGUGAAUUUAUGCACUCCUUGUCCCCUUCUCUUGAUCUUGUCCUCAGUUUUUUAUUAGGUCGAAAUAAAGUCCCCUUUGUUCUUACACCUGCUUUCUUCUUCUACUACUACUACUUUCCUUUUCCUUCAGAUGCUAUUAUUGUCCUUGCAUACUCAAACUAAUUCUGGGACUGACACAAUGCUAAUACUGGUUAUAUGUAUGGAUUCAUUCUUAUAAAAGGAAACUGGUUUUUCUUAUGUUUCUUUGUUCUUCUGUUUCUUUGUUGGCUGCAGUGAUGCUUGACUAUCUUGGUAUGGAUUUAGAGUUUUGAUAUGGGUUCUGCUUGCUUGAAUUUCAAGGUUCAGUUACGGUUGGUGUUGAUUGAAGGGCUGUUGCGUUUUUUUGCGUUUUUUGCAUUUUUCUUUUCUGUUACAGAUUUGGUAUAAGUUUGCAAUAUGAUUAAUUUGUUGAAUUUUUAUAAAUUUGAUAUAAGUUUACAGAUUUGGGUUUCAGAGAGGAGGUUUGGGAGGUUUGGGGAGGAAGGAGAUGGUGAUUGGAGUAGAAAGAGAUGAUCGGGAGUAAUGAGGGAUAAUCGGUGUUGAUUGGGGGUAUUUAAGAAAUUUUAAAUUUUGUA